ACCAAAGUUGAGACCAAAAACAAUUAAGGAUCCCAAUGGAAGUGUGUCCACUACCGGCGGUGCGAUUUCCGGCCAGUUCACUCCGGUACCGGCCAAGUUCCUUCCGAGCCACAAAGUUACAACUUUGUUAUGCAUCAUCUUCAUCUACAAAAGAAAUUCCUCCUUUUGGCCAUGAAGAAAGAAACAUUAAUGAGAAACAAAUGAUGUUUAUAAUGGGCCUGGGUUUUGUUGGUGAAUUUGUUGCUAAAAAUCUCAUUAAUCAAGGAUGGGAUGUAUCUGGAACAUGUACAAGUGUUGCCAAGAUGGAUAGAUUAAAGAAAUUGGGAUUAAAUCUUCAUCUUUUCGAUGCUAAUCAUCCCAAGCUUGAAGUUUUAGAUAUCAUGAAUGAACAUACGCACCUCCUUGUUUCCAUCCCUCCUUGUAAGGAUAUUGGCGAUCCGAUGCUUCAACAUGCUGAACUUUUAAGAAGGAAGCUAGGCAAUGAAAGACUUCAAUGGCUAUGUUAUCUUUCAACAACAGGUGUUUAUGGUGAUUGUGGUGGUGCAUGGGUAGAUGAAAAUUAUCAACCAAACCCUCCAAGUGAGUUAGCUAAACUGAGGUUGGCUGCUGAAGAAGGAUGGUUAACUUUAGGACGUGAACUUGGGCUAGCAGCACAUGUAUUUCGGCUUGGAGGUAUCUACGGUCCUGGCAGAAGUGCUAUUGAUACCAUUAUUAAACGGGGGCCUUUAUCUGAUGCUCAGAGUGUUAGAUCAUUCAAGAAAUACACAUCGCGUGUUCAUGUUGCUGAUAUCUGCAAUGCUUUAAAUGCAAGCAUUCAGAAUCCAUUUCCUGGGAGAAUUUACAACAUUGUGGAUGACGACCCUGCCCCACGAACUGAAGUGUUUUCGUAUGCUCAUAAACUUUAUAGUGAGAAGUGGCCAUCUCAGAUCAAGAAUGUGGUGUCCCCAGCUCCAGUUACAAACAAAUCAUCUACUAAAGUGGGAAGAUUAAAGGGAGAUAAACGUGUGGUGAAUGAGCGCAUGAAGAAAGAACUUGGAGUGAGGUUGAUCCAUCCCAGUUAUAGGUCUGGAUUGCAGAGCAUUUGUGACCAGAUGCAUGAUUUUCCCACUUUAAGUCCAGGUGAAUAGUCUUUUUCUGGUCUCUAGAAUUCUCAUUGUAGUCACCAACCAGCAAAAGGGAGAAUUAUUUAAUGCAAGUUACAUAAAUUCUAUCCAUUAGAUUUUGUUCAUCACUGAACUAGAUCAACCUCUAAAUGGUGACUAAGAUCCUUGCAGAUGA